AUGGCCGCGUCGCCAGACGCCGUCCUUCACCUCGCUGCGCUACACACGCUCGCGCAGACAGGUUUCGCAUCCACGUCACGCGCCGCAAGCGUCACCCUUUCGGGCGUGCUUUCGCGCUACCUCCAGCUGGUGGCCACGUCAUGUACCGAACGCGCCGCGCUUGCCGGUCGCUCCAAGGUGGCUGCUAUUGAUGUCGUCAACGCACUGGAAGAUCUCGGCGUUGGCGGCAUCACAGAGCUGCAAGAAUGGACGGCGGACCUCGACAAGGAGGUCAGCUUUACGGGUGGCAAGAUGGAUGAGCUUGCAGGCUACCUCCGCGAUGGAUUGAACAUUUCAACCGACAUUGAGAGGACAUUUGUUCCUGUGGACAGCGAGGAUGAGGACGAGGAGGAAGGAGAGGAAGCGGAAGAGGAGGACGAAGAGUCUGAAGAAUCGGACGAGGCCAUGGACGUCGAUGGCGAGGAACCCCCACGCGUCAACUAUCGACCCCGGUCCCCAGAUCUCUCAUGGCUUCCGCCUUUACCAAGCGGGCAGGAGGAUGCCAUCGUCACUGGCUCCAGUGCUGUUGUGCCAGUUGAUGCUGUCCCUGCUCCCCAAUCAGUGGCAGAACGAUACCGUCGACCGGUGGCUUACAGCACAUCACAACUGGCCGAGGCCCACAGCUUUACCGACCCUCCCAAGCCAUCUGUGCCGUCCCCACUCCCAGGGGCUCCUUCGUCAUUCCCUUCCCUUGUCACGACCUAUGAGACGACUGUGGAUGAGCCCUCACUCAUGUUUCGACAGACCGAUGGCCGUCGACAGGCCGCCGACUUGCUUCGACUCACUGUUGGCAACCCCGACAAGUUUAGCCCAGCCGACACUCUGUCACAGGCUCUCCCUCCUCCCCACAUCUCCCCCAUUGUCCCCUCGCACUCUGAUGUGUUGCCGACUCGUCUCAUCCCAGUCAACCCGAACCAGAGUGGCAUCAUAUCGUCCAUUCUCCACCAAAUUCGAACACCAUACCUCCCUCCAACCCUGCGAGAGCGUCUCACAUCACUUCGUCCUCCGCAGGCACAAGGUAGCGACCAUGGCCCCAUGCUGUAUGGCGACCCGAUCCGCGGUGCCGACGUUGCUGCGCUCAACAAGGCCCGCGGCAAGGCAACGGGUGACGAGACCGAAGCCUGGUUCCGCGCAACCUGGGAUUCUGGACCUCACGGCGCCGACCGUUGGUCGCGUGGACGCCUCCCCAGUGGCCGCAAGGUCAUCAAGUCUGGUGACGGUGCGCAGGCGCCUCGCGAGUCGGAAGGUGCAAAGGUGCUGCGUCUCAAGAUGAACGAAAAGGCGUCAGGUGCCGUCGACCCGCGUGGACACUCGCCUGGGCCACCAUCCGCCACGGGCAUCAAGCUCCGUCUCGGUGGACCAAAAACACCUGUAGUGGGCGCUGCGAUGGGAAACCAUGGCUCACCGCCGCGGCCAUUUGCUGGAAACAGUGCACCUCCGAUGGUGAAGACUGGUUCUAGCAGCUCCCAGGCGUCACAUCGCAGCCACCACAGCAUGUCCCCUGUGAAGCAAGAGUACAUGCAGAUUGAUUAG